CUCAGUUUACUAUUGCUGUAGCGCACGCACGUGUUUUGUUGUUAAAUUACGUAGAGAUUAAAUACAUUUCAAUUUGUGCCGCACAAAAUGGGCAAGAAAACCAAAGGAGGGAGCAAUCUGGGACGCCAGCUGAUCAAGGAUCGGUUUGGCCACACGGCGCGCCGCAAAGUGGACAACGAUACGAUGCUGCACACAACGGAGCUGCAAGAUGGCUACGACUGGGGUCGUCUCAAUCUCUCUUCUGUUACCGAAGAGUCGUCUUUCAACGCCUUUCUGCGCACUGCGGAAUUGGCGGGCACAGAAUUUCAGGCUGAGAAACUGAACAUCACCUUUGUGAAUCCCAAACAGCGUGUCGGCUUGCUGAGCAAGACACAAGAGCAGCACAUGCAUCAAAAGCACGCCGAGCACAUCGAUCAACUCAAGAUACCGCGUCGUCCCAAGUGGACAAAGGAAACGAGUGCCGAGGAUUUGGAACGCGCCGAGAACGAAGCCUUCCUCAAUUGGCGUCGUGAUCUAGCGCUGCUGCAAGAGAACGAAGAGAUUCUAAUGACACCCUACGAGAAGAAUUUGGAAUUCUGGCGUCAAUUGUGGCGCGUUGUCGAGCGUUCCGAUGUCGUUGUGCAAAUUGUCGAUGCACGCAAUCCGUUGCUCUUUCGCAGCGUCGACUUGGAGCGCUAUGUGAGCGAGGUGAGCGAUGGCCAGAAGCUCAACAUGAUUCUGGUGAACAAAUCGGAUCUGCUCACACUAGAGCAGCGUCAGCAUUGGGCACAGUACUUUGACGGCGAAGGUAUACGCACAGCUUUCUAUUCCGCCACGCUGGUGGAGGAGGAGCUGAAGCGUGAGGCGGAGGCAGCCAAGUUGGCUGCCGAGUCACCGUCGACAGCACUGGAGCUAAAAGAGUUGCGUCAAGCUGCCGAGGACAUACAGCAUUCAUUGGAUGCGGUCGAACACACACUGGAUGCCAUCGAGAGCAAGAUACAGCCCAAGAAAGAGUCGCAACAGGUGAAGUUGCCACGUCUGCCGGGUGAUAGGAACAGCGCACAUCUGUUGUCGCGCCUCGAACUCAUUGAUUUUUUGCGUCACAUCUACACGGGACCCCGGAACAGUAGUCAGCAUGUCACCAUCGGCAUGGUCGGUUAUCCAAAUGUGGGCAAAAGCAGUACCAUCAAUUCUUUGAUGACCAUGAAAAAAGUCUCGGUUUCGGCGACGCCCGGCAAGACAAAACGCUUUCAGACGCUCUUCCUCGAGAACGAUAUAUUGCUGUGCGAUUGUCCGGGUCUGGUGAUGCCCAGUUUUGUGCUGACCAAGGCGGACAUGUUGCUCAAUGGCAUUCUGCCCAUCGAUCAGAUGCGUGAUCAUGUGCCCGCUGUCAAUUUGCUGUGCGAGCGCAUUCCGCGUCACAUCCUCGAGGAUAAGUAUGGCAUUGUGAUAGCCAAGCCGCUGGAAGGCGAGGAUCCCGAUCGUCCGCCAUUCUCCGAGGAACUGCUGCUUGCCUAUGGCUAUAAUCGCGGCUUUAUGACAUCGAAUGGACAGCCGGAUCAGGCACGUUCGGCUCGCUAUGUGUUGAAGGAUUAUGUCAAUGGCAAGCUGCUCUUCGCUCUGGGUCCGCCAUCGGUUGAUCAGUCCGAGUAUCACACAUUUCCCGAACGCCAGCGCAAAGUCAUCGAAGAGUCGCAGCUGCCUAGUCAACAGCAGCGAGCUAUGCGCAUCGACAAGAGUUCGUCCAAGGAGUUGGAUAACCAAUUCUUCACCGACAAACCGAGCACAGCACACGUCAAGGGACGCACCAACUUUCCCCACGUCCGUCUGGCCAACGAUGGCACCUUGGUAGCCAAUGAUGCCGGAGCUGCAGCCAAACCGUGGCGCAAUGUGAAGAAGGAACGACGCGAGAAGCUGCGUAAAAAGUUCUCCCACCUCGAUGAGCACUAAAAUCGAAAACAAAAUCGGAGAGAGCAACGAGCUAUAAACGUUGUUGUUUGUUUUGUAAGCACACAUUGAUGCUGCAGUGCAGCAGCAGCAGGAAGUGAUUGCCUGGAUGUAUGAGAGCUGGUUAAAAACCUUGUUUUUAAAUUAAAAUUAGAGUAAUGCUUAUAAUACGUGACUCUCGCCAAGUGUUUUCCCAGCUGAAAGCAGGACACUCAAAUCUGAGUCAAUCGACGCAAUGAGCGCGAAAGAUUGUAAGAGAUGGAGAGAUACAUACAUUGAUACAUUGUAAUAAUUAAACA